AUGUUCUUAUUGGCUGUAUUGAUCAUCUCGAUCAGUUCAAACGUCGUUCAACCAAAAAAUCCAGCAUGUGAGCAACUGAUUGAAUGUUAUGCAAAAUCUCGAGCCAAAACUGACGAAUGCCUAUCACGUACUGAAAAGCGAGUGUGCCAGAACGAGUCUUUAGAGUCAGAACUCAGAGAAUUAACCAAUGACCGAAUUUCGCUCUAUGAAAAUUGUUUACGUGAAAAAUUGCCCACUGCGACAACUAUUGAAAAUGAGAAAAAGAAAGUGAAAUGUAAUGCAAUACUGAAGAAGAACUUAGACAAAAGAAAAAAACUUGUGACCAAUGAAAAGGAAAGGGGAAAAAACAACGGAAAAAGUCGGAGAUCGAUUCACAAAGGCAAAAAAAUUAGUGCACAACAGAAGUUGUGUUUUCGUGAAGCACGCAAAUUGAGAAGUUAUUGCGGACAGUUGUCCAAGUGCUGCACUAUUAGCAAACUAUGCAAAGCAAACACCCUAAUCGAUGAACAAAUUGUUGCAAAAAGAAUGGAAAUUAAGGAAGCCGAUGAACAGUGCCGUCUGGAAUAUUAUGGUAGCAUAAAAGCGAAGAAUUACAAAAAUCAUAAACGUGAAGGGUAUCAUCGCGGUGGUGGUGGACAACGCAGAAUAUCCAAGAGUACGGAUUCUAAUGUAUAA